AAAAACUGCAUUAUGCCACUUAACCGUCUUCUCUCUCUACCUCCAUAAAUCUCCACUCUCUCUCUCUCUCUCUCACUUCAUCUUCUCUCUCAAAUUAUUUUCAAGCUCAGAGCAAGCAAACAUGCCUACUUCAAUCCUAUACUUCUCUCUCAUUUUCUUCUUCACCUCCUUCCUCUCCACCGAUGGAACUCAGCUGAUCGUGGCGAACAACUGCAAGGAGCAAAUCUGGCCGGCGAUCCUCGGCAACUCCGGCCACGACACCCUCAACGACGGCGGCUUCCCGCUGGGCAGCGGGCAGCAGGUGGUGGUGGAGGCACCCCAGUGGUGGUCGGGCAGGAUGUGGGCCCGGCAGGGGUGCUGCUUUGGCACGGCGGGCCCUGGGGGCCCGCCGUGCCAGACGGGGGACUGCGGCCCCGGGCAGAUGCGGUGCAUGGGGAUGGCGGGGCAGCCCCCGGCCACGGUGGUGGAGAUGACCCUGGGCACCCCCGCCAACCCCGUGCACUACUACGACGUCAGCCUCGUCGACGGCUUCAACCUGCCCGUGGCCAUGGUCCCCCUGGGGGCCGCCGCGGCCGGGUGCGGGGCAGCGGCGUGCGAGGCCGACGUGAACGCGUGCUGCCCCGAGGAGCUGGCGGUGCGGCGGGGCGGGCGGGUGGUGGGCUGCCGGAGCGCGUGCCUGGGGGUCGGCGGCGACCGGUACUGCUGCACGGGGCAGUUCGGGAGCCCGGCGGCGUGCAAACCGACGUCGUAUUCGAAGCUGUUUAAGGAGAUGUGUCCGAGGGCUUAUAGUUAUGCUUAUGAUGAAGCGAGUGGGCUCAAGAGUUGUAGGGCAAAUCGGUAUGUCAUCACCUUUUGCCCUCCCAAUUGAGGGGAGACAUUUUCAUUUGAUGUUUAUUUGUUUGGAUUUGAUGAUGAGUUAUUUGAUUGUAUAUUGAGAGUUUGGUUGAUUAUUUUAGUAAUUUGGUAUUGUUUAUGUUCACUAAUUGAUUUUAGUUAUUCUCAAAUCAUCAUAUUAAGUUAUUUGUAAAGGUUGUUUCAUGUA